GCCGGGUCCCACAGCGGCCGAAGGAGUGAAUGUCGCAGGUUUGUUCACGUGACGAGUGACCUGGCCAACGUUGGUGCAGUUUGUUUGCUGGUGUCCAUGCGACCGGCAACGAAAGCAGCCAUUGUUGGCCUGCAAGUAGGAGCGUUCCUCGGUUGUGAGUUUCUUGAGACGGGGGGGUUGGGUGGAGGAAGAUGGUCGAGCCAUGCGGUCCUUGUGUUCCAUACGCAAGAACCGGGAUGAUGUUGAGUUCCUCCGAGCUGAGGGACACCAGGGCGGACGAGUCGGAGAGGGUGUUGGGCUCAACAAGAGGGGUUGUGAACUCGUCGUCGAAGGGGUACGCUAUGGUGGUCUCAUCCGCGGAGAUGUUGUGAAAAAAGCGUGGACAGGAGGUGGUGGGACCACGAACGGGGCAGAGAAGGCGAUCGUGUUGAAGGGCACGGUUGAGGAGGUCGGUGAAGGACAUGGAUGCCUCGUAGGUGAGACUCUCGAGGAAGAGAUGGCGAGUUCCGACAGGCGAGAGGGUCGAGAUCGAGGAUGGGACCGACGGGAUGAUGGCGGCAGAGAACCGGAUCGAAGGAAGGAGUGGCGUCCUUAUCGGAAGCCGAUGGUAUGCUACAAUUGUGAUGAGUCGGGGCACUAUGCUAACCAGUGCCCUAACCGAGACCGUCGGCAGGCCACUCGACCAUCCACGUCAUCGGAUUCGCGACGACAAUAUUCACCAAGACGAGCCGACCCUCGACACACUUAUUCACCAAAGAAGAAGGAUCCCGAGCUGAGGGAUAAGGUGGUGGAACUAUCGAAAGGAGUAGCGUCGAUCAAGGAGCAUUUCGACGCUAUACAAGCGAAGAAAGCCGAGAAAGCAAGACACAAGUUGGAGCGAGAGAGAGAGCAGGAGGAAGAGCUACGCAGACAGGAGGAGGAAGAAGCGAGAAGAGCUCAAGAAGAGUUGCGACGAGCAGAGAAGAAACGCAAGAAGGAGAAAAAAGAAAAACAAGAUGCUGAUCUACGUGCAGAAAUGAAGAAAGAUGUUACGAUGCAUGCAGCGAUUUUGAUGAGCGAGAUAAAAGACGAUUGGAUCAAUCAAUGGAAGACGAAAGUUCUACCGACGCUAGCAGGCGGUUUGGGUGACGUGAAAGGCAAGGAGAAGGUGGUGUGUAACUCCGAAAGUGACCAUUACUCCGAGGGAAGCGGCGAGGAUAGUGACACAAGCGUGACUCAAGACUUGAGUGUGAAGGCCAACAGACUUUGUAUUACGGAGAAGCAUAAACGAGAGAACAACGUGGUUUUGGAGAAUAGUCCUCCGAUGGAGCUUCCACCGAAGAGAACCCCACAACAAGUGGGGGGAAGAAUGCAGAAGACGAACCUACGUCUGACUCGAGCACGGGCGAAGAAGAUCCGUACUCCGAUCUCAUCCAAGAGGAAGACCCCGGUGAGAACUCCAUUGGUGAAGGUAAUGAAGCCUGCAGGAAAAAAGUCACCUCCAAGUGGAAGAAUGACUCCGGCCAGUCGUAUCCUUGCCCGACUGCGAUAUCGUGACUCAAUCAUGCACGAACUGAAAGACUGCAACGCCGAUGAAUUGCAGCGUUUUUGCAAGGAGGAAGGGAUUCCCUACGUAGGGAAAGUUGACGCGAUCUUUGAUUUGGCGGAACAUCGGGCACAACAAUAUGCUACUGUUCCUCCACAAGUUGAAGUAAUCCGCAUCGCGGAUUCUGCAGAUGUGUGCGCCAGUGACUCGGGUGAAACUAAGGAGUGAUGUGGGAUCCCCACAGCUGCUUGGAUCGAUCUUUGCAGGUACCUUACUAUAGCCUACGGUGCUCCCAGGCUCUGAAGGUACUUCUAGACGGUGGUUGCCCCAGUCAUUAGGAACUCAGGGGAAUCAAUAGUUAUGUGUGUC